CAACUUACAUCAUCUCAAAGCCUUAGAUAUCAACAUUACUGGUUAUUCAUACCGAACCUCUAUCACAAAUCAGAUUAUUGCUGAGUAUCGAUCCUCUGCUUCACCUAAAACGAUGACUAUCCCACGCUUGGGCUACGAGAUUGAGCAAGCCAUGUGAAGGGGUCUCUGGAGAAAGCUAACACCCAUCCUCUCAACAUCAGGGACGAGAUGCCCAAAUCCGUGUCAAACAUCAAGCAGGCUAGGGUGCAGAAAAUAUGCACCUUAUGGACCCAUGAUGAUAACUUUUCGAGGGAUGACAUUGUGUUCAACGAAGAGAAGUUUCCUGAGCUCCCCACAACACCCGGAUCAUUACUUCAAAUUGUAUCCAUAAACUCUGGUACUGCUGUCCGGGAUUUCCAAUCGACUCAUGAGAGCACACAGAAUGAUACAGCGCGAGCGAAACCGGAGAGUGCUGGCAGGGACACGAAUGCCGAUAGCCAUGCGAAGAGGACCCGCCGAGGAUCCACCACGAUAACUGUUGAUGAAAACGGUUCAACUAUUCCUGGCGGACGCGAUAUCGAUACCGAAAAGGCGUAUGUGUUUGUCUCCAAAGCCCUCCCCAUGGACCUUAAAUCCAAGCACCCAAAUUUACAGGUUUCGAUUGCUGAGAGGAUAGCGAAAGUGUUCGGGUUUCGUAAUCGAAUGCAAGUCGUAGUGACAGAGGCCGAUGAAGACCGACAUGAAGCCCACCAUGUAGAACUAGUCUUUCGCGACGAAUAUCUCGCACGCGCAGACAUGUGGCGUAUGGCGAUCUCCGAGCUCAGUAAACGAACUGUUUAUCGGAACCAAAAGUUGCUAUUCAUGGGCACGAUCAAAGCAACCAUCAAGCACAUUUACAUCGACGGGCAGUCCGUCCACUCCGGUUAUUUCUCGCCUAAAACAAAACCCGUAUUUCGCAGCGAGUCCGCACGAUAUGUUCUAUUCAUCCAAAUGUCUCGGGAAAUGUGGGAUUUUGACGCUGAAGGCGCCGGCGAAAUCAUGUUCAACAAGGUCGUCAGUGGUUUCCUACCAGAUCUGUUCAAAAGAUGGUCAAAGAUCAAUGCAAGACAUGUAAUCACGAUCAUCCUCUUUACGCGGAUGCAGUACGAUGGCGAGUCUCUGUCCGAUCGCCCCGAUGACACGACGAGUCAUAUCUAUUCGGGAUCUCAAUCCGGAACAUUUAGAGACUACUACCGAGUUGUCGUUAGCGAUAUGGCUAGCGGUGACUGGAUCAACAUUCUAUAUCAGCUAAAGAAGGAAUUCCGGACGUUUCUUCGAGAGGUGUCAUUGGUUACCAAAUCUAUAAAUCAGACAUCAAAAUGUGAGAAAGGAGAACACUCGGUAUCAGACACUAUCGUUGCUGGGCAGCCGUCUCCUGCUAGUCAAGGAAAUAUCCUCGAGGCAAUCAACCUGGCUGCAUCUCAAUUUGCGAAGGACUACAUCGAUCGUGAUCUCGUUCGAACAGGUAUAUCUAUUAUAGUUGUCACUCCAGGAACUGGCGUCUUCGAAGUCGAUUACAACAUGCUCAAACUGACCACGGAUACUUUGAUAGGCUCGGGGAUAGGCAUUGACUUGGUAUGUCUGUCGCCGAUGCCACUUCACUCUGUACCCCUGUUCAAAUACCGUACGCCUCGCUCAAUAUCAAACUUAGAGGCUAUGCAGAGCGAAGAGAGGCGCGACCCAACAAUGGAGUACAUGGGAAAGGAAGACGAUAAAACACCUCGACAGCAUCAACCCAAUUUCGGCUCUAUGUUACGCACAUCAUCUGUACAGCUAGGUGGAAAUUUGAUACAAGAUCCAACUCUCUCUUCUUUAGAUGCACCAGAUGACUGGAGAUUCGCGAUGCCUUACUGGGUCGACGUGUCAUUCUGGUCCGGGACAUCUGAAGAGAUCUUGGAACUGACGAAGCCAAGGAAGGCUGACAAAAUUGUCAAGAAAUCGCGCAAGAAGGGUAGGAUCUUUGCUCUCCGUUGCCGUCUUUAUGAAUUACAAAUGAUGGGCGUCAUGGAAAAUGAGUUGGGCGAUAUCUCUAUCCCUUAUCUGGAAGAAGAUCCCAUGUAUCCACAUUACUUGCGCCCAGCUUUCGAACACCCUCAGAACAAGAGCCAUAGCAAGGCCCCUUUACUGAAGACUUCAACGAUUGCGACAGGCUCCUAUUCGUCCGGGGGUGAUAAGGAUUAUAGCGAUGACCAGCUUGACGAGAGUAGGACGGCCCACAAAACCUGGAUGGAGGCUUAUGACGACGGAGUAUUCUCUCUUCUUAUAGACAGACCCUCGGAAACCGAGCAGCUUCAAGUAGAUCGGCGAAGGUCAAGUGCCCAUCUGUCUAGUGGUUCCGCAGGACUAUCUAGAGGAUCAUAUCUAUCAGCUUCCUUCCGCAGCAUGGCACCUUCCUUUGGCAAGAACGCCCGGCCAGCAUUGGAUGCUACCUAUCCGCAACUAAUGCGUGAAACGUCGAGAGAUCUUGAGAGUCACUCUUCACGAGACAGUGCAUAUCGGCUUUCAGAGAGCAAGGUACAGCUUGCCCCACGAGCCGACGUCCUACAACGACAGAAAACUCUAGCGAAGAAUAGUGUCGAUGUUGGUCGUUCAAGUUUGCAUCAGCGAGGUACAUCGGAAGACUCGGAAGAUCAACCAAAGUCUCUACGAUACACCCCAAGACAAUCUCCAGCUCCCAGUCGAGUGCCGUCCCCUCCAAGGCGGGCUGGUCUUCCUUCUAUAUCUAGUACUAGUAGUGUACCAUUAGUCACAGCCGAAGUGAACAGGAGGCCAUCGAAUUGGUUUCUCAGACAGAUCAGCUUCGGUGGGAAAGCAGCAGCAGCAAAGCCAACCAUUGCAGAUGCAACUAUUGACAUAAGCCAGGGCAAAGUGAAGCCUGCGAUGUUGACUGUUGAGAAGAAUCAAAAGGGCGCCAUUGCCGAAAGGUUAGCAAGUACACGACUGACUACCACGGAGAAACCCUCUCAGCCCAUUGCAAUCAGAACUGUGUCGCGGGUGGGCCCUGCUACUGCCGAGUCGCUUUCUUCUGACCAAGCGAGCCGAUCUGUCGAGACCGUCAGGGGUAUACAGCCCAGACAGGCGUCUAUACCCUCCCAUCCUGGUUCCGUUAUGAAGGAUCCAGGGUCUACGUUCCUCCUCGCUGGGGCGCGAGCACUAGGUGACUAUAUUGGGCCCAAACCAGAUCUAUCCUCCAGUAGCGGUGCAAAAGAAGUCCCCCGGACGUUGUCGCCAACGAGCGCGAUCGCACCGUGGGCAGUUCUAGUGAACCCUUGCAAUCCCAAGAAGAACAGCAUCAACUCUAAGAACCAAUACCGACGCUGGCAUCACGUCUUUCCAAGAGCUCUGAGAACGGGUACGAUGAAAUGGAGAUCGCUUUGCUCACCUGCGGCCGUGCCGUUAACCCACGAGUGGUUCCCUACAGCCGAUCAGGUGGCAACAGAAUAUAAUGAGAGCCCUUACAAAAUCACUCAAAAUGAUGACGACGAUAUGCUAGAAGCCCCUAAGAGUAGAGAGGCUUUGAUAAAAGAACUUAUUGCCUUUCGGCUCUCCCAUGGCUUUCAGGUUGUUGUCGGUUCAUCUGUCGCAGAAUUUUCAGGAAGACAUGAGAAGACUCUAGCGAGCAUUUUAGACCCCGAGUACAUGUCAACUGACGGAGAUACUGUCUUCAUGAGCGUAGGCAACAGCAUCCACCAAUUGGUGUGCAUGGCCGGAGGGGAGGUAGAGGUGCGUCGAUACAAUCGAAAGCCUAUCACGGCUCUGGAGUCGUCUGCUGGCAUUGACACACCGUUCCCGUAUAGGCCGUACAUUCGCACAGCGUUUGAACAAACUUACGACCCACGGGAUGUCAUCUUGCGACCUCCGCGAAAAGAGUAUAACUGGAAUUUCAUCGACACAUUUUUGGCAGGUUAUCACGAUGAAUUAUCCGAAAUUUUACGUUUUUGGAGAGCUCGAUUUGUCUUGAUCCCUGUCGAAAUACCAACUGUAAAUCGACGGCCACUACCCAUGCUUACCGAAGAUUCCGAAGAAGAGAUUCGUCUAGAAGGUAUCAGGAAGUUGACCCAGGUGUGGCAGAAGUUCCGCUAUGUUCCCCCAGAGGAACGCUACGUUCAGCCUGCAACCUCGACAAAGCAAAAGGAUCCCAAUCCGCUUGCUAUCGAGUACCACACCCGGGAUCCUUCGGCGAUUAUAGCAGCUGGCCCUGACCCUGGAUUGUUCGAUGAUGCCGAUAGUGAGUUUCAGGCCUCCCUCUUCUCCGAUGCAGAGAAGCAUCAUACGUCGAAUAUCGAUAUCAAGAAGCUUGCCGAGGAUUUGCAGGGCGAGAAGGGUAUUCAAAUGUUGGAUCGGCGCUGGCAUUGGAAGUUACACUAUAACUGUUUCCUUGGAUUCGACCUCACAAACUGGCUAUUAUCCAACUUCAAGGAUAUCGAGACCCGUGAUGAGGCGAUAGCGCUUGGAAACGAGCUUAUGAUCAAAGGCCUAUUUCAACAUGUGCAUAGGAGACACCAGUUCCGUGACGGAAACUUCUUUUUUCAGAUUGCAGCAGAGUACAGAGCUCCUCGACCAGAGUCACGGAUGGGCUGGUUCGGUAUGCGUAAGACAGACAAGUCGGUCCCUUCGACCCCACUAACAGAAGUACCUCGAACAUCCCCUCUUGCGACAAAGAGCACCAAGUCUCGGCCUAGUACAGGCGACUCUUCGUCCAGUAACUCUGGUUCGAUACAGGAGGGCGGGAGGACACCUACCCAUGCUGGCAGUCCCAAGCGCCAGGUCGUCUUGUCGCGCGUCAUGCGGUACGAUGUGGACCCUCGCAAACGGUCAUAUCGCCCGGAAAUCAUCUCACUACACUACGAUCGUCUCCACAACCCUGAUAAUUGCUACCACAUUCGCAUCGAUUGGAUGAAUGUUACCGCGAAACUAAUUGAAGACGCGAUUGUCACCUGGGCUACCAGUGUUGAGAAAUAUGGCCUGAAGCUCGUCGAAGUCCCUAUGGCUGAGGUUGCGAACAUAGUCGACCACCAUCCUUUUCGAUCGCCCUACUCGGUCAAACUUGCACUGCAGCCUCCCGAGCCUCAACCUGAAGCCGUCUGGGAUGCAGCACAUCUGUCUCCACAGUACUCAAAGACGGAUAAGUUCGCAUACCAGAAAGCUUUGUUACGAAAAUUGAAUUUUGUACUCGACGUGGAAGCCGCUAGUGCGUUUCCUUCUGACGUGGAAGUCACUUACUCUUGGGGUAACCCAGAUUACAAGUUCACUCAGUUUAUCCACCGUAGCGGAACUCUACUUGUGCAGAUUACAGACGAUGGUAAUUUUAUAUUGCUCGCCAAUCGUCUGGCGCAUAAUCGCGCAAAGGAUAACAGCAGAAUCCGACAAGUAGAUCCGUAUGAGCAUAAAAAGGCAACAGCAGACGGCAGUCAAAGCAGUAGGCUACCGUCCACACCCGCUGAGCGCGCGAACCCACAUCGAAGCCCGUUUGCUAGUCCUCUUACACGACCUGUCCAGGACUCGAGUCUUUUACACACCGCUCUAGCCUUGCAGGAGAAGCCGCAAGCGGUUACGAUACCACUUGCAAACGCAACAAUGGUAACGCCAGAGCAAGUCAAAGACGAGUUCGAAGCGUUUUGCUCAAACGCAGGUCUGCUUUCGGCUUUUUACAACGAAGCUUUCAAACAAACUCCUUCGCCCUCACCUCGCAGUCUUCCGGUACUGGAUGAUAAAAUACCAAUUCUAGGACUGCCACCUGCAAUCAGUAUUCGCGAAGCUAGUCCAGCGAAUACUGGAUGGAUGAGUUCGCCACUGAUGGGGAGAGGUGAGCGCGGGUUUGCUGGUGGGGUGUCUGAAAUGAACAUUGGCACGCCGAGUGGCAUUGCUGCUCGAAGGCAGGGGAGCGAGGGCAGUACGUCGACUCUGGGGAAAAGAGGGAGUAUUGCGGACACGAUUGGGGAAAAUUCACCCAAAAGGCAAGAUAGUCAGGGGAGUUCAGGCGGUGCCACCUAGCAUGCGGGUACAGUUGAAGUCGAUGGGUUGUCUGAGUUGGGUCUAGAGUGAAGUUUUCUGUUGCAGUCUGGAAUCUCGGCGUUGGGUAUGAAGACACAUUUGUAUGUAUUCUUGAGCUCCUUGUGCUCGUUGGUCUUGCAUUCUGCAGGACGAAAAACACAACUGCUCGCCCGGGGCGUUCUGCUUACCGGGGUCAACAAGUCCUUGUACUCCAAGUAGUUGUCUGUACGACGAUGGGAAUUCAUGUAGUAUUGCCUUGACGUUGUAAAUUGUUAUCAGCCGACACGAGAAAUCAUGGUUCGUAAUCAACGUCAGCCUCAUGC